AUGUUUUUUUUAUUUAUUUAUUGCGUGGUUGCACAUUAAUUUAAAAGUGACUCUAGAAUUCUAUAAUUGAAUGGAGAACAACUAGAAUAAGAAAUAUAAAAGUCAGAACCUUUUUUAAUAAUGCUUUAUGCACCAUGGUGUGGUCAUUGUAAAAAUUUGAUACCAGUGUUGGAUAAAUUGGCAGAUUAAGUAGAUUACAAAUUUAUUGCAAUUGAUUGGUAUUCAAAAAGAUAAUUAAAUUAGUGUUACAAAUCCUGAUGCAAAGAAAAGAUUUGGAGUUAAGGGAUAUCCUACUUUAUUAUACAUCAAGGAUAAUAAGACAUAUAAAUUUUAAGGAUAAAGAACACCUGAAUUAAUAAUAAAGUUUAUUGAAGAAGAUUAUUUACAAUCAAAGGAAAUAAAUGAAAUCCCUAAAUAUGAACAUUACUAAGAAAAUUUUAUUGAUAAAUAUUUCAAUAAUGUUUGGAUAUUUGUAAAAAAUAAAAUUAUAUAUUUAUUAGAUAGCAGUAAUUGUAUUAACAGGUUUAACAAUCUUUGUAACAAUCUUAUGUAUCAAUGAUUGCAAAGAGAAUAGAAAAUUGGAUAAAAUAGAAAAAGAACUUUAAGAGAAAAAGAAGGAAAAUUGAAGACUUAUAUUAAUGUAUAUUGG